AUGUACUCCAAAGUUGGGGCUUUGAAAUAUGCCCAUUAUGUUUUUGAUGAAAUGCCUAAAAGGAAUUUGGUCUCUUGGAAUUGCAUGGUUUCAGGAUUUGCAUUGAAUGGUCUUCCAGAAAGUGCAUUGGAGCUCUGUAGUUUGAUGAGAUUCGAAAGGAUUGGAUUAGAUAAAGUGACACUGAAAAUUGUUCUUCCUGUAUGUGGUUUAUUAGGAGCAAUUCAUAUUGGAGAAUCAGUUCAUGCUCAUGUUAUUGUAUUGGGUUCUUCUUCAGAGACAACUAUAUCAACUGCUAUCAUGGAUUUGUAUGCAAAAUGUGGGAUGAUAGACUCUGCACAGAAACUUUUUCAUAAGAUUCAUCAUAAAGAUGCAGUAACUUGGAAUGUGAUGAUUAAUGGGUAUUGCAGAAAAGGUCAGUUAGUUAUGGUGCUCAAUUUGGUCUGCAAGAUGCACACAGAGGGUGUAGAGCCAACUGCUGUUACCAUAUCGAUUACCCUCCAAGCUUGUGCUGAUUUACCAAGCUUGCGAAUAGGAGGAACUAUCCAUGGUUAA